AUGGCAGAAAAAGCCGACCCUAAGGACUACGCUCAGAAUCCUCAGAGCGCUCGGUCGACAUCGCCAGUUGCCACAUUCUCCCACCAGACACCACAAACCGCCCCUGCCGGGCGACGCGGCGCUCGGCAAUUGUCUACGCCAUUUGCUUCAUCCUCUGCUCAGACUGCCUCCUCGCCCUUUUCUGGCGGCGCUGCAUCUCGAAGGAAGCGUAUUCGCACGUUUGGCUUUGAUGGCAAUCCCGACGAUGAUGACGAGACCAACAAGAAGGGUUCUCACAAUCUUCGUAAGCGAGCCAAGAUCGACUACUCAGCACAUGAUUUCGAGGACGAGCUUCCCGAGAUUGCCCUUCCUGCCCCGCGUACCGCUACUCGUCGACGAAGGGCCGAGAGCGAGGUGGUCGGUGACGGCUUCACGCCGCCCAGCACUCAGCGCCGGCGCGCCAACUCGCGGGAGUUCUCUCAUACAGAUGACACUCCCGCCGGUCGCCGUAAAACCCCAGCCAAACGCCUUGCAGACCCGCAGCCCUACUUCCCUCCCUCAGACGAUGUUGUCAAGGAUACCAUUGAGGUUGUCGGCGAUUCCAGCGACUUGCACACGUCUGACGAGGUGUCGGACCAUGAUUCCAAGGUUGAGUCUCCAGCAGCCGAGAGAAAAUUCAAGCGACAAUCUGCAACACCAGACGGAGCACACGCACGCCCGACGUCGUCUUUCGAGCGAUACGAUCGGUUCGGCAACGGCAGUCAGCCAGACCAUGGUGCGCAGGCCAAUUCUCGUGACAACGGCCAGGGUAGCCUGGAAAUCGCACAUCCACAACCCAUACACAUCAAUCAUGUCUCAAUCAUCACGGCUCCCCAGCUCUCUCAAGAUUCAGACACACAGGCUGAGCGGCAUUCCGAAUUGAAGAUUGAGAGACUAUCUAGCCGAGCCGCUCACUUCACCUCCUCGCCACGUGCCUCGUCAGCCGAACAAUCCGCCGCUGGCCAUGGGGUUCCUGCAGUUGUGCCUCUGAGCAUGAGGGUGCAGUCCAAUACGCAGAUGGCCGCUGCACCUGCAGCUCCUUCUACAAGCUCAUCAUCGCUAGACCGGAGUGGACGCGGCGAUGACGGAAGCGCGGUGCAACUGACAGUCAACGGACGAGCCCACGUCCAGACAAGGUCUGAGAGCGAUAUCGCUGGCGAGGCCGGUAGUACGGAACGCCAGCUUGCACCGAACGCUUCUUCUCGACAUGAGCCGUCGAAUACACAGUACGGCGAUGCCGUUGAAAACAACGCACAGGCUGGUCCGAUGGGUUUGAAGACGCACACCACGAUUUGGCAGAACCACCACUGCACGAAUGGGGCAACACAGCCGUCCCAGGAACACCUAGGGAAGAGCAUUGACAGAAAUAUCCAUGGGCCUAGUAACAUGGAUAUUGGUGAGGACAGUGCUGAGAUCCAGGUGAAGACUUAUGCCUGGUCGCAUUUGACGCCAUAUGUCGAAGGCGAAGUCGUACUGCAUCCUGAGCCGACAAUGCAGGUGGCGACAGCUGGAGGCGAAGGUGAUGUUGAUGAAGACGGCGAUGCGCCCGAUGGCGAUGGUGAAGGCAAUGACGAUGAGCAGGAAGCUGCCGACAAGAAUGAUGCCGCCGCCAACGAUGACGCCGACCAGUAUGAGGACGAGGCCGAUCGGGACGACGGCGACAAGAGUGCAUCGCAAACUGUUCAGCCUGAAGAAGACAACAGUCUUCAAGCCGAUGGCCUGGCAGACGUCGACUCUGGUGCUGCCACGCCUCUGCCUCAAACCCCACGAGUGGGUUCUCCUGUAUCCGCGUCCGCGCAGCAGACAGGUGCGAACACUCCAUCGGCCGGCGAAGACAAGAGCAAGGCUGCCGUGGCAUCAGCUGGGAUUCAACGCAUGAGGAAACAGUUUCGAUUUCCCAAGCUGAGUGACCCAGCCCAUUACAGGGAAUACGUCAAAGAUCACAGCAACAUGUCGACGGAAGAGCUGUGGGCUUUCCUUGCCCACGUCAACACGACGCUUCUGGUCUGGCAGGAAGAAUGGCAAAAGUGCGGUCGGCAGGUCGAUGACGCGGAGAACGCAAAGAGACGUGAGAUUCAGGACGCCGAGUAUGAGAAGAAGACGGCCAACCUUUCUCAGUUCGCCAAGGUUGACUCAUAUGUGGAGAAAGAUUUUGACACUCGUGGCUAUCGCGCUCCCAUCAAGGAGAAAGAGCAGGGCACCUUCCACCAGCGGUGGCAGGACAGGGUUGAGGCCAUGGCUUAUGGCUAUGAGUAUGAUCCUCAUCCGUCCAAGAUUGGCCAGCAAGACCCCAUUGCCCAGCGUGAUGGUAUCAUGGCAGGCAGACAGCUGCGAAGCCAGCCUCAACAGACUGCCAAGGCCGCAGAAGGUGACGCAGAUGGCCUGGUGGUCACAGGCAAGAGGUCAAGAAAUCCGCCCAAACUGUACGAAGGAAUGUUACAAGACGAUGUUCGUUCCGCGACGCCAGCGAACCAAGCUGCCGCCGCCGCUACCGUCGUCAAGCCUAUCCUUAAAAGGCGCGGCAGACCGCCUCUCAAUCCGCACCCGGAGGACGUCUACCACCCGAAUGAGGAUGAAGACUCGGCGCCAAAGAACAAGCCAGGGCCCAAAAAACGGGGACCAAAGGGGAAGAGGGCCGCAGCUGCGGAUACAGAAGCCGACACGCCAGCCUCAGACUUGGCUCAGGUGCCUCCCAAGCGAAAACGCGGGCGGCAACCAAAGAUUGUCGUCGCAGAACCUGAGUCUGACGCGGCAGAUCCUGAAGAUACGGAACCCGAGGAGUUGGACGAGCCACUACCUAAGAGAGCGCGCACCACAAGAAAACGUGGCAAGAAUGCACGCAUGACCAGCUCCAGGCCGAUCAGCAGCGAAACAGUUGUUGACAGCUCAGACGAGUCACGACCCACAACAUCUUCGUCCAACGCUACCAUAUCAGAUGACGGAUCAACGUACAGCUUCCGCCAGAACAAGCGACAGCGUACUUCAAGGGGCGAAGCACAAGAUGAUGAAGAGAUUGUCGAAGCUGUUCAGCCUCCGAAAAAGAAGACACGCAUCAACUUCAAAGCGUCCACUCGCCCCCAAGCAGCGCACAAGGCCACACGAUCAGAAGCCAUUCUCGGCGAUAUGGCUGCAGCAUCUCAAGCUGCCAGCGCCACCCUAGGCGAACCGUCUCAUUUGAUCACUUUCAAGCAUAUGGGUGACGACAAAUGGACCGUAAACCGUGGUUCACGACCAAGCCGUGAUUCCUCAACAGCAGCGCCGUCCGCACAAGUCGCCCGUCUUUCAGCUGCCCCAUCGGCGCCACACUCUGCAGCAUCAUCCGCUGCCCCGAGCCAGGCUGGCGACGACCAAGACUACCGCUUGAUGACCAAGUCGCAGAAGAUGUCUGCUUCAAUGAAGAAACGCUGGCUGAAUGGCAGUAUGCAGAAUGCUGUCAACAAAAGAAAGGCCACUUUAGCUGCGAAAAAAGCGGCCAAUGCGCAGGCAGCAAUGGUGGCAGCUGCACCUGCUCCUCCGCAAUCCAAUGGGCAUAACCCUUUUACCAACGGAACCCAAUUCCAGCAGUAA